AUGGACUGGGCUGAAGAAGCUGAGGAUUUCCCUCUUGCUAUACACUAUGCACGACAGGCCCUUCGAAGAAAUCGAGCUGAUACAUCAUUACGCCAACGUCUUAUAGACUUAUGUCAUGUAGCUGGUCGAAGCAGAGAGGCAUUACAGUUACGUUUGGCCGCUCUUUCAGUUACUCCGGAGUCGACGGGUGAGAAACAAUUUGAAGUUGCUCGAGAGCUAGCUGAUCAAUUUUUCAAACUACUUGAUCCACACAACUCGGUAAAGGCGUAUGAAAAUGCUUUUGAACAAUACCCAGAUCAUGGAACGGAUAAUGAUCGAAAUUCGGCCUUAUCGAUUUUGUUUCAAAUGAAACGUUAUGAUCAAGCUCUAAAGUUUUUCACUUCCUUCUGUGGUGUCAAACUGUAUUUGAAUUCUGGGGAUUUAUUUGAUAUGGACAGACAUUCAUCGAAGUUGUCGUCUGUGGAGAAAUUUAAAAGAUGUGAAUUCCCUGAUAAUAUGGCUGUUGAAUUACAGUUGAAAUUGUUUCUUGUUUUUGCACAUCUGGGACUUGGCCCAUUAGUUGUGUCCCGUGUUGAAUCAACGUACACAAAUGAAAAUAUUGCAAAAUAUUCUAAUUGGCUUUUGGAUAUCGUUGUCGCUUACAAAGAGAAAAAUUUAUACUCCAUAUCGAUUCAGCUUAUUCUGAAACUCAAAAAGUCAAAUGUUACCUGUAAGUUGGUACAAGUUUGGACAUUACUGGCUGAAUGUUAUUUAGAAGCAGGUGAAACAGAAAGUGCCAUCAAAGCCUAUCGCCAUGUCAUAGAAAAUCUUGAUCCUCGGCAUACCGGCGCACGUCUGGGUCUUGUAAAUCUUCUUAGACGCCUUGGUAGGAAUCAGGAGGCUUUAAAAUUCUUAAAUCCCUCAAAUUUAGUUCAGAAAGGUGUUAAACCCGAAAUAUCUUUGACCGAACAGUGUGAUUUAAUUGUACAGAAAAGAGAAAAAUCUCCAUUGAAAUCCAAUCACAGAUCAACUGUUAGAUCAUUUGCUUCUUCUGACUUACGAAAAACUUCAGUUGUUGGUGACAUCGAUAGUGAUGAAUGUUCUGUUGAGAAAGUUUGUCUAGAUAGCGACUGGCUCGAUGCAUCUGCUAACCUUGUCUCCCGUGAUCAUGUGGCAUACAGAUUAGCCUACGAACGUUGUCGAAUGCUUGAUACACCAGAAAGUGUAGAUUCAUUUUUAGAAGAAGCUUGGGCUUUGCUGUUUAGUGAUGUGACACGUGUUUGCGGACCUAGAUUUACUCAACUUGCCUUAACUCUUGAUAGUGAACAGCAUCGAAAAUUAGUGAUCGACCGACUAGCUUCUGUUGCUCCAGCAUUGACUGAUACAUUAUCUAACCAGAUAGACGCUGAACGUUCAACUACAGAAACAAAUGGUGUAAGCAGCUCAGAUAUUUGGGGAUUAUUUUUGCGUGUUGUGGAUGUGUUACGUGCUCGUUUGCCAAAAUCAUUGCCCCAAUUGGAAACAGCUACUGCAUGGGCUUCUUUAUUACCUCAUGUUCAAGGCAAUGAUCUACGUCGGUUAGCUGCAAGUCAUCUUUUAAUUAGUUCUUCACUUAUUGCACGUCAUGGCACGCCAGCAUUUUUGGAAUUACGAAAAAUUCAAAAGCAGUGGAGUGAAUAUAACCAGUAUUGGAAUGUGAUGAAUCUGGCAAUCACUCUUUCACGUGAUUUUAAACAUUGUAGAUUUUUGGAUCGUUUAGUUACUAAAGAUAGUUUGAAUUUGGCUAUCGGUACUAUUGCUAGUAGUGACACUUUGGUUCGAGGUUCAUAUCGUUAUGCUAUUGCCCGACUAAUCAAUAUGAGAGAAAAAUUUCCGGACGAUGCACUUCUUACUUUAUUACUCGCUGUUGGCUUUCUAAGUAUGUCCAUGCAAAAACACAUUGGUUCACGUCAUCUUGCUGUUUUACAGGCUGUUGGUUUUCUUGGGGAAUAUAAACGUUUACGUGGUGAUUGCCAGGAGGUUUACUACAAUAUCGCACGUGCUUGUCAUCAACUUUCAAUAACUCAUAUGGCUAUUCACUAUUAUGAAAAAGUCCUUGAUAUGGAGCCUAUUGGAAACAAUCCUGAAGAGAAGUCUCUUACUAAUCUGUAUAAAGAAGCUGCUUUCAAUUUAGCUCUUUUGUAUCGAACUAAUGGGAAUCCAUCAAUGGCUCGUCAUAUACUCCAAAAAUAUGUUGUCAUCUAA